UGGAUGGAUUGAUUGAUCUCUGGAACAUCGAAAGUGCGACUCGCUUCUUCGAAGAACGAUAGAUUCCAAAGCACAGCCGGAUAAUUAACCCGCCUCUGCAUUGAUUGAACACUGAAUUUCUAUUCUAUAUCAACUUUUAUAGGGCGUUUCGUUUUGCUUUUGCCUAUCCCAAAACAACGCGCUACAUCAUAUUUUCGGACGUUUGUUUUACAGUAGACUUUCAGAUUGUAUUCCCUGUCCGGACAGAAUCGGAUUAGAUAUUUCCGCCCCGUUAUGUGAUAUCUGACCGGACGGAUGUUCGCCUGUGUAUCGGUGUGAUCGGCGAUGUGGUCAUGGCAGGUUUUGGAGCCCAGAAGUGUCCGAAGAGUGAUAAGUUGGACGAGGCGCAGGCACUGGCCCGCAGCUGCGCGGGGAGACCGGACUUCUUGCCGUGCGAUGGGCUGUUAAUAUGCGCCACGCACAGCCAUGGAAAGUGCUUCAAAUUGCACUGGUGCUGCCACUUGGGCUGGUGCCACUGUAAAUAUGUUUACCAGCCCAUGACCAGUGUGUGCCAGCUGCCGAGCACGGCGGUACCCUCUGACCCCUCUGAGUCCCCACCCACCAUGAACCUGUCUGUCUCCCUCACCGAACGCUUCCUGAAGAUCGCCCCCUGCUUCCAGUCCCCACCGUUCCUUCAGUCGCCCAAAUACUGUGUCAUAGCAGACCUCUUCAUCGACGACUACAUCGUCAAACGCAUCAACGGGAAGAUGUGUUAUGUUCAACGUUCUCCUCCUCCCAUCCCUGAUCCUCCUGCUGCGGCACCUCCUCCUGCUGCCACCCCAGUAGUCCAGAGGGAGCACCACCACCACAGCCCUGUAGACAAGCUGAAAGGCCCCAAGAUGGACCACUGCUCCUCUCCAUCCAGCUCCGAGGACUCUGGGAUCAACGCGCUAGGUCGGCACUACCUGGAAUCCUGUGAGUCAGAGUCAGAGGAUCAGAAUGAAGUGUUGAGCGCCGAUGGAGAUGGGAAAUCUAGCCUCUGUAGUCUCUGGGACCAGGAUGAGACCUCUCUGUUGUCUCCCUCUAAGUCCAUGGUGGAGAUCAUCGAGAAGAUUGAGACCACUGUGUGACAGACAGACACUUCACUGAGCACACCAGAGAGAUACAACUAUAUUCUACUAUAUAUAUGGAGCACACAGCCUCCCUGGGAGCAUUUGAAAAACAGCUCCAGAUUUCUUGAGUUGGAUUUAAGGGACCUACAGUCCACCUAGUGGAGUUGACUUUGUUGUGGUCAGAUAUACAGUAGGUAACCCCACAUGAUAAUGACCCUAUGUGUUUUCUCAGAGACGGUGAAGGAUCCCAGGUUUGGAUGGUCUCUGGUUUAUCCACCCCACUCUAUAUCUCUCCAGAACCCCUGCAUGGUUUGUUAGAUAGAUGGAGCUGUCUACUGUAGCAAAGAUUUGACUAGAAAUACAGAGGAAAACAUGUCCUUUAACACUCACAGCACCUGACCAAAUACACUACUUACUAGUCCAUCAACAGCCAAUCACAGCCUUUAUCAGCCCCUUAACUACCAACUACCAAGCCUUGCCAACAACUCCUGCCUGCUUCUAAAAAUAGAAUCACAGUUGAAAUUUUCAGAGAGAACUUUGAAGUUGUUUGACAAUCAAGAAAGCACAUUCCUUCCUCUACCUGUGAAGACCCAACUACUCAACUCCUAUCAGCCAAUGAUACAGUGUGGAAAUACCAAAUCACAUGUUUACCAGAGCAAAGCAUGGUAACCUAAGAGGAAAGAGGACCAGUGAUUCCCACAGCUACUAUGUACUUUAUUACCUUGACCGGAAGCAGUGAAGUUACUGUCUCCUUUCCUCUUGAGGUGGUCGUUCACACCAGAGCAACUGCUCAGAAUAAAAGCACAGCACAUACUGCACUGUAUCCAUUACCAUACUGUACUGUAUCUAUUACCAUUCAGUACUGUUCAGUACUACUCAUUACCAUACAGUACUGUUCAGUACUACCCAUUACCAUACAGUACUGUUCAGUACUACCCAUUACCAUACAGUACUGUUCAGUACUACUCAUUACCAUACUGUACUGCAUCCAUUACCAUACAGUACUGUUCAGUACUACUCAUUGCCAUACUGUACUGUAUCCAUUACCAUACAGUGCUGUUCAGUACUUUUCAUUACCAUACAGAACUGUAUCCAUUACCAUACAGUACUGUUCAGCACUACCCAUUACCAUACAGUACUGUUCAGUACUACUCAUUACCAUACUGUACUGUAUCCAUUACCAUACAGUACUGUUCAGUACUACUCAUUGCCAUACUGUACUGUAUCCAUUACCAUACAGUACUGUUCAGUACUACUCAUUACCAUACUGUACUGUAUCCAUUACCAUACAGUACUGUUCAGUACUACUCAUUACCAUACUGUACUGUAUUCAUUACCAUAAUGUACUGUUCAGUACUAUCCAUUACCAUAAUGUACUGUUCAGUACUAUCCAAUAACAUACAGUACUGUUUAGUACUACUCAUUAACAUACAGUACUACAAACCAUUACCAUACAUUGCUGUUCAGUACUAUCCAUUACCAUACAGUACUGUUCAGUACUAUUCAUUACCAUACAGUACUGUUCAGUACUAUUCAUUACCAUACAAUACUACCCAUUACCAUACAGUACUGUUCAGUACUACUCAUUACCAUACUGUACUGUAUCCAUUACCAUACAGUACUGUUCAGUACUACUCAUUGCCAUACUGUACUGUAUCCAUUACCAUACAGUACUGUUCAGUACUACUCAUUACCAUACCGUACUGUAUCCAUUACCAUACAGUACUGUUCAGUACUACUCAUUACCAUACUGUACUGUAUUCAUUACCAUAAUGUACUGUUCAGUACUAUCCAUUACCAUAAUGUACUGUUCAGUACUAUCCAAUAACAUACAGUACUGUUUAGUACUACUCAUUAACAUACAGUACUACAAACCAUUACCAUACAUUGCUGUUCAGUACUAUCCAUUACCAUACAAUACUACCCAUUACCAUACAGUACUGUUCAGUACUAUUCAUUACCAUACAGUACUGUUCAGUACUAUUCAUUACCAUAAUGUACUGUUCAGUACUAUCCAAUAACAUACAGUACUGUUUAGUACUACUCAUUAACAUACAGUACUACCACCAUUACCAUACAUUACUGUUCAGGACCAUGCAUUACCAUACAGUACUGUCCAGUACUAUUCAUUACCAUACAGUACUGUUCAGUACUUUACAUUACCAUACAGUACUGUCCAGUACUACCACCAUUACCAUACAGUACUGUUCAGAACUAUGCAUUACCAUACAGUACUGUCCAGUACUACUCAUUACCAUACAGUACUGUUCAAUACUACUCAUUACCAUACAGUACUACCCAUUACCAUACAGUACUGUUCAGUACUUUACAUUACCAUACAGUACUAUCCAGUACUACCACCAUUACCAUACAGUACUGUUAAGAACUAUGCAUGAGCAUACAGUACUGUCCAGUACUACUCAUUACCAUACAGUACUGUUCAAUACUACUCAUUACCAUACAGUACUACCCAUUACCAUACAGUGCUGUUCAGUACUAUUCAUUACCAUACAGUACUGUUCAGUACUUUACAUUACCAUACAGUACUGUUCAGAACUAUGCAUUACCAUACAGUACUGUCCAGUACUACUCAUUACCAUACAGUACUACCCAUUACCAUACAGUACUGUUCAGUACUACUCAUUACCAUACAGUACUGCUCAGUACUAUUCAUUACCAUACAGUACUGUUCAGUACCUGUCAUUACCAUACAGUACUGUUCAGUACCUGUCAUUACCAUACAGUACUGUUCAGUACCUGUCAUUACCAUACAGUGCUGUUCAGUACUAUCCAUUACCAUACAGUACUGUUCAGUACUAUUCAUUACCAUACAGUACUGUUCAGUACUAUUCAUUACCAUACAGUACUGUUCAGUACUAUUCAUUACCAUACAGUACUGUUCAGUACUAUCCAAUACCAUACAGUACUGUGCAAUACUACUCAUUAGAAUGGACUGUUGGUUUGGAGUGUCAUAGCCUCUGUGUUCUAGAAUGGACUGUUGGUUUGGAGUGUCAUAGCCUCUGUGUUCUAGAAUGGACUGUUGGUUUGGAGUGUCAUAGCCUCUGUGUUCUAGAAUGGACUGUUGGUUUGGAGUGUCAUAGCCUCUGUGUUCUAGAAUGGACUGUUGGUUUGGAAUGUCAUAGCCUCUGUGUUCUAGAAUGGACUGUUGGUUUGUGUUCUUGAAUGGACUGUUGGUUUGCAAUGGCAUAGCCUCUGUGCUCUAGAAUGGACUGCUGGUUUGGAAUGGCAUAGCCUCUGUGUUCUUGAAUGGACUGUUGGUUUGGAAUGUCAUAGCCUCUGUGUUCUAGAAUGGACUGUUGGUUUGUGUUCUAGAAUGGACUGUUGGUUUGGAAUGUCAUAGCCUCUGUGUUCUAGAAUGGACUGUUGGUUUGUGUUCUAGAAUGGACUGUUGGUUUGGAGUGUCAUAGCCUCUGUGUUCUAGAAUAGACUGUUGGUUUGGAAUGUCAUAGCCUCUGUGUUCUAGAAUGGACUGUUGGUUUGUGUUCUAGAAUGGACUGUUGGUUUGUAGUGUCAUAGCCUCUGUGUUCUAGAAUGGACUGUUGGUUUGGAGUGUCAUAGCCUCUGUGUUCUAGAAUGGACUGUUGGCUUGGAGGAUGUCAUAGCCUCUGUGUUCUAGAAUAGACUGUUGGUUUGGAAUGUCAUAGCCUCUGUGUUCUCGAAUGGACUGUUGGUUUGUGUUCUUGAUGUUGGUUUGGAAUGUCAUAGCCUCUGUGCUCUGUGUUGGUUUGGAAUGUCAUAGCCUCUGUGCUCUAGAAUGGACUGCUGGUUUGGAAUGUCACAGCCUCUGUGUUCUCGAAUGGACUGUUGGAUUGUGUUCUUGAAUGGACUGUUGGUUUGGAAUGUCAUAGCCUCUGUGUUCUAGAAUGGACUGUUGGUUUGGAGCGUCAUAUCCUCUGUGUUUUAGAAUGGACUGUUGGUUUGUGUUCUAGAAUGGAAUGUUGGUUUGUAGUGUCAUAGCCUCUGUGUUCUAGAAUGGACUGUUGGUUUGGAAUGUCAUAGCCUCUGUGUUCUAGAAUGGACUGUUGGUUUGGAGCGUCACAUCCUCUGUGUUUUAGAAUGGACUGUUGGUUUGGAGUGUCAUAGCCUCUGUGUUCUAGAAUGGACUGUUGGUUUGGAGUGUCAUAGCCUCUGUGUUCUAGAAUGGACUGUUGGCUUGGAGGAUGUCAUAGCCUCUGUGUUCUAGUAUAGACUGUUGGUUUGGAAUGUCAUAGCCUCUGUGUUCUAGAAUGGACUGUUGGUUUGGAAUGUCAUAGCCUCUGUGUUCUAGAAUGGACUGUUGGUUUGGAGUGUCAUAGCCUUUGUGUUCUAGAAUGGACUGUUGGUUUGGAGUGUCAUAGCCUCUGUGUUCUAGAAUGGACUGUUGGUUUGGAGUGUCAUAGCCUCUGUGUUCUCAAAUGGACUGUUGGUUUGUGUUCUAGAAUGGACUGUUGGUUUGGAAUGUCAUAGCCUCUGUGCUCUAGAAUGGACUGUUGGCUUGGAGGAUGUCAUAGCCUCUGUGUUCUAGAAUAGACUGUUGGUUUGGAAUGUCAUUGCCUCUGUGUUCUCGAAUGGACUGUUGGUUUGUGUUCUUGAAUGGACUGUUGGUUUGGAAUGUCAUAGCCUCUGUGCUCUAGAAUGGACUGCUGGUUUGGAAUGUCACAGCCUCUGUGUUCUCGAAUGGACUGUUGGUUUGUGUUCUUGAAUGGACUGUUGGUUUGGAAUGUCAUAGCCUCUGUGUUCUAGAAUGGACUGUUGGUUUGGAAUGUCCUAGCCUCUGUGCUCUAGAAUGGACUGCUGGUUUGGAAUGGCAUAGCCUCUGUGUUCUAGAAUGGACUGUUGGUUUGGAAUGUCAUAGCCUCUGUGCUCUAGAAUGGACUGUUGGCUUGGAGGAUGUCAUAGCCUCUGUGUUCUAGAAUAGACUGUUGGUUUGGAAUGUCCUAGCCUCUGUGUUCUAGAAUGGACUGUUGGUUUGUGUUCUAGAAUGGACUGUUGGUUUGGAGUAUCAUAGCCUCUGUGUUCUAGAAUAGACUGUUGGUUUGGAAUGUCAUAGCCUCUGUGUUCUAGAAUGGACUGUUGGUUUGUGUUCUAGAAUGGACUGUUGGUUUGGAGUGUCAUAGCCUCUGUGUUCUAGAAUAGACUGUUGGUUUGUAGUGUCAGCCUCUGUGUUCUAGAAUAGACUGUUGGUUUGGAAUGUCAUAGCCUCUGUGCUCUAGAAUGGACUGCUGGUUUGGAAUGGCAUAGCCUCUGUGCUCUAGAAUGGACUGCUGGUUUGGAAUGGCAUAGCCUCUGUGUUCUAGAAUGGACUGUUGGUUUGGAAUGUCUUAGCCUCUGUGUUCUCGAAUGGACUUUUGGUUUAUGUUCUAGAAUAGACUGUUGGUUUGGAAUGUCAUAGCCUCUGUGCUCUAGAAUGGACUGCUGGUUUGGAAUGGCAUAGCCUCUGUGCUCUAGAAUGGACUGCUGGUUUGGAAUGGCAUAGCCUCUGUGUUCUAGAAUGGACUGUUGGUUUGGAAUGUCUUAACCUCUGUGUUCUCGAAUGGACUGUUGGUUUGUGUUCUUGAAUGGACUGUUGGUUUGGAAUAUCAUAGCCUCUGUUUUAGAAUGGACUGUUGGUUUGGAGUGUCAUAGCCUCUGUGUUCUCGAAUGGACUGUUGGUUUGUGUUCUAGAAUGGACUGUUGGCUUGGUGGAUGUCAUAGCCUCUGUGUUCUAGAAUGGACUGUUGGUUUGGAAUGUCACAGCCUCUGUGUUCUCGAAUGGACUGUUGGAUUGUGUUCUUGAAUGGACUGUUGGUUUGGAAUGUCAUAGCCUCUGUGUUCUCGAAUGGACUGUUGUUUUGUGUUCUUGAAUGGACUGUUGGUUUGGAAUGUCAUAGCCUCUGUGCUCUAGAAUGGACUGAUGGUUUGGAAUGGCAUAGCCCCUGUGCUCUAGAAUGGACUGCUGGUUUGGAAUGUCAUAGCCUCUGUGUUCUCGAAUGGACUGUUGGAUUGUGUUCUUGAAUGGACUGUUGGUUUGGAAUGUCAUAGCCUCUGUGUUCUAGAAUGGACUGUUGGUUUGUGUUCUAGAAUGGACUGUUGGUUUGGAGUGUCGUAGCCUCUGUGUUCUAGAAUAGACUGUUGGUUUGGAAUGGCAUAGCCCCUGUGCUCUAGAAUGGACUGCUGGUUUGUGUUCUAGAACUGACUGUUGGUUUGUAGUGUCAUAGCCUCUGUGUUCUAGAAUGGACUGUUGGCUUGGUGGAUAUCAUAGCCUCUGUGUUCUAGAAUGGACUGUUGGUUUGGAAUGUCAUAGCCUCUGUGUUCUAGAAUGGACUGUUGGUUUGGAGUGUCAUAGCCUCUGUGUUCUAGAAUAGACUGUUGGUUUGGAAUGUCAUAGCCUCUGUGUUCUAGAAUGGACUGUUGGUUUGUGUUCUAGAAUGGACUGUUGGUUUGGAGUUUCAUAGCCUCUGUGUUCUAGAAUAGACUGUUGGUUUGGAAUGUCAUAGCCUCUGUGUUCUAGAAUGGACUGUUGGUUUGUGUUCUAGAAUGGACUGUUGGUUUGUAGUGUCAUAGCCUCUGUGUUCUAGAAUGGACUGUUGGUUUGGAAUGUCAUAGCCUCUGUGUUCUAGACUAGCCUGUUGGUUUGGAAUGUCAUAGCCUCUGUGUUCUAGAAUGGACUGUUGGUUUGGAAUUUCAUAGCCUCUGUGUUCUAGAAUGGACUGUUGGUUUGGAAUGUCAUAGCCUCUGUGCUCUAGAAUGGACUGCUGGUUUGGAGUGUCAUAGCCUCUGUGUUCUAGAAUGGACUGUUGGCUUGGUGGAUGUCAUAGCCUCUGUGUUCUAGAAUGGACUGUUGGUUUGGAGUGUCAUAGCCUCUGUGUUCUAGAAUGGACUGUUGGUUUAGAGUGUCAUAGCCUCUGUGUUCUCAAAUGGACUGUUGGUUUGUGUUCUAGAAUGGACUGUUGGUUUGGAGUGUCAUAGCCUCUGUGUUCUAGAAUAGACUGUUGGUUUGGAUUGUCAUAGCCUCUGUGUUCUAGAAUGGACUGUUGGUUUGUGUUCUAGAAUGGACUGUUGGUUUGUAGUGUCAUAGCCUCUGUGUUCUAGAAUGGACUGUUGGUUUGGAAUGUCAUAGCCUCUGUGUUCUAGACUAGCCUGUUGGUUUGGAAUUUCAUAGCCUCUGUGUUCUAGAAUGGACUGUUGGUUUGUGUUCUAGAAUGGACUGUUGGUUUGGAAUGUCAUAGCCUCUGUGCUCUAGAAUGGACUGCUGGUUUGGAAUGGCAUAGCCUCUGUGCUCUAGAAUGGACUGCUGGUUUGGAAUGGCAUAGCCUCUGUGUUCUAGAAUGGACUGUUGGUUUGGAAUGUCAUAGCCUCUGUGUUCUCGAAUGUACUGUUGGUUUGUGUUCUUGAAUGGACUGUUGGUUUGGAAUGUCAUAGCCUCUGUGCUCUAGAAUGGACUGCUGGUUUGGAAUGGCAUAGCCUCUGUGCUCUAGAAUGGACUGCUGGUUUGGAAUGGCAUAGCCUCUGUGUUCUAGAAUGGACUGUUGGUUUGGAAUGUCAUAGCCUCUGUGUUCUCGAAUGUACUGUUGGUUUGUGUUCUUGAAUGGACUGUUGGUUUGGAAUGUCAUAGCCUCUGUGCUCUAGAAUGGACUGCUGGUUUGGAGUGGCAUAGCCUCUGUGUUCUAGAAUAGACUAUGUUCUCAUCUCAGUACUGUAGCCUCACAAACUCACACAUGGCUAGAAUUAGAUCAGUUGUCAACAGCUGUUCCCUUUUUUAAAACAGGGAAGGGCUGAGGACAUGUUGUCACUCUGUAGUGUCUUCCAUCUUCAGAGACAAGGAAGCAGAGUGCUGUAUUUAGGUACACUUCACAUAAUGCAUAAUCAGCUCUCAACAAUGUGAUGCAGAUAUACCGCCUUUCUUAUUACGUUCCUGUUGUUAUUCUAGCUCUUAUUUUCAUACAAAUAAACAUAAAAUAAAUUGAA